UCUGUUGGGCUGUCAGGGGCCAGCCCUUGAGGGGGGGGUACUGUCACGGUCCUGGGUCGGUUCGACCCAGCAUUUUGAGUUUCUUAUGUUUUAGUUUAUUUUCUGCAUUAUGGAUUGUUCCUUAUCCUCUGGUGCUUUGAUUGUGAUUAUAAAUAUGUCUUAUUCUUGGUGAGGGAUUAAUUCUUAUGUGUAUGGUUUUUCUCGGGAUUAUUAGUUAUAUGCUGUUUCUUUGUGAUACUGUUUUGAUUAUAAUUAUGUUCUGAUUCUGUAGCUAUCUGAUGAUGAUGAUGAUGAUGAUGAUGAUGAUGAUGAUGAUGAUUAUGAUUAUUUCUGGUUUAGGUUUUGUUAUCUUGCCCUCAUGUUUAGUUUUGCUGGUGCUUAGUCUUCUCUGCCCGUAUGUCCCUCUGUCUGUCCAUGGUGUCUUGUCUGGUCCUGUGUCUGUUAGUUUUCUGUUUUAUUCUGAAGGUCCUUGUCUUACGUAUGUUCAGUUUACGUUUCCCCUGCCUCGUCAGUUGUGAUUUUCCCCAGGUGAGUUUCCCUCCUGUCUCUCAUCCCUUGAUUACUGCCUCAGUGUAUUUAAGCCCUGUGUUUUCCUGUGCUCACUGUCGCGUCGUUAACGUCUUCUGCCCUCACUCCCUGUGUGUUCUGUUUGCCGUCAUGCCAGUCUAGUUGUUUUUCAGUAUAGUUAGUUUUCUGUUCGGUAACUCCUGCAAUAAAGCUGUUUGUUUGGAAUUCACUUUCGCUUCCGUGAGUCCUGCAUCUUGGGUCCUUCCUCUCUGUCUGCCUGCACACAGCCGAGACAUGACAGGCACGCUAUGGAGAAACUGGACGAAAUAACAAUUGCCACCCUGAAAGAAGCAAAUGUUGGAGAAGACCUGCUCUCAUCACUUUCACGAGAGGACAUCAAAGAUCUGUUUCCUGGUCCUGAACAUUUCCUCAGGCGUCGGGCUCUAUGGCUUGUAGUGCACAAAUGUGAAGAAAACAAGACUGCUGCUGAAAAAACGCUAACAACUACUGGAGAUGGUGACUUCUCCAGAGAGGAACCCAACCCUUCUAAGUUUGUGACUAUGUCCAACCCAGAGUACAUAGUCUUCACAGACAGUGAACUUGAGCAAGCUCGACGUUCCUACUUUGAAAAGAAGCGGCUGGGGACAGAGUGUGCUGAACCUUUGUCAAAGGAACUCUUUUGUCGACUCGUAAGAAACACCAUGACAAACAUGAUUUCGAUAGCAAGAGCAGCUGAGGACUCCAGAUACCCCAGCAAACAUGAGGUUGAUGCCAUGGCAAAGCGAUUAAUGGAGUACUACCCAAUGCUUAAAGAAAUGUGUGGUGAGUGGGAGCAUGUUGCUAAAAAGCUAAUGAAGAGACUCUCCAAUGUCAAAAGUCCAAGGAAGGGCAAAAAACCUCCUGCGAAGAAGCCAAGAAAGGAUGGGAAUGAAAGCGUUGCAAAAAGUGACAGCAGUGGGGAGUCCAGUGCAUCAACUAUUAUUCUAGAUCAAUCACCAUUUAGAUCGAUGGGCACCCCAGUGCACUACCAGGAUGGCAGUGAUGAAGAAUGUAAGUGUUACGGCUGUGGCCAUAAGAUCUCUGUGUGGGCUGUUUUGUUCUGUCUCUUUACUGUGCUUAAGACUCUUUGCAGGUCCCUCCCCUAAUGAAGAGUAGUGAGCAGCUGAUUGGACCGUGGAACACGUGACCGCGUUCAAAAAGCCGUUCUGACAGCUCCCGCCGGGAAGAGAGAGAGAGAGAGAGAGAGAGAAGCGAGCGAGCAAGCAGUUUGACAGCCGACGCGGUCCUGGCCCUGGUUUCCAGCCUAUACUUUUGCUGUGUGUUUGUGUGAGCGUGUUCUGUGAGAGCCGCUCCCCGUGUGUUAACUUAGUGCUUAGGCACCCAUAGGCUGAAGCGGAAGGGGUGAGCCGCCUUUUUCUUUGGGAACCGUUUUCUCCUGUUUUCCGGGUUAGGGAGCAAGGGUUAGUAUUGUCUUUUGUUUGUUUUGUUUCUUUCCUAGGGUUUAGUUAGUUUUCUCUGGUGGGACUUAGUUGGUUUUGUUUAUUAUUUUGGCCUGGGUUCACCCUGGAGCUAUGCUUCAUUACCUUCAAUAAAUCACCUUUUCUUUACUCACAACUGGUUUUGGAUGUUUGGCUUGGGAAUCAGGGCGGGUACGUGUCUCUCUCUCCUCCAACCUUAUGUGCGUCUCUACACGCCUAGACUAGGGGCGUAACACUGGUUCAGCUGACUUCUUUGACAGCCACAAAACCCAGGCAAGACACUACAAGACACUUCAAGAAAUAUACAAGACCAAAAAACAGAACAAAGCUGCUGUUACCCAACUGCUGAACCUGGAGUUUGAGUCUAGAAGACAAUUCAUUAACUCUGAUGCUAUAAAGGAGCAGGACAGAGCGGUGAAGAUACUAGAGGCAUAUCCUUGUUUCAGAGAACUGGAUCAUGUCCUUGAUGAGCUGCGGAGAAUUAUUCAACCAUCCAACUUGAAAUACAUAUCGGAGAUGAAGGAUAGAUAGGAAAUCUUCUACUCGAAGGUGCAGUUUUAUGGUGUCAUGAAGAAAGUUAUGAAGCCGCCAAAAACUUUGGAUGGAGUGGAACAUGCAGCAGCCCUUCCCAUGCUUUUCCCUUCCAGCACAGUACCACCUAAGAAGCUGGGCAUCUGUAGUGAGGCUUUUUUCCAUGUCCUAAAGGGAAGGCUGCCAUAGUCUAUGUGUAUAUAUUGUUGAAUUUUGCAGUUACUCAUGUAUUCAUUUUAUAUAUUUUACUGUGGAGGCAGUCAAAUAUUCUUAAAGUUCAGAUCCCCAUAACAUGUUGAUGUUAAUAAAACCUACAAAAAAAGUUGAUCUAUUUUAAACUGUAAUGCAACUCAAAAAUUGUUUCUUACGGUAUUGUUCUAAUCCUCUUUUUUCUGUCAUGUAGACUUCAGAAGACCCUGAAGGCUACCUGCGUCAGCGACCCCUGGCUUGUCCAGUUCUGCUUGUCUCUGAAGGCAACUGCAUGAUAGCUGUUGGAACCACACCGGUGAGCACUUUUGACCGGAAGGAUCUUAAUGAGGGACUGCUCUAUCUGAUGGCAUAUUACUAUGCCCUCCACCUCACAUAUCCAAAGUGCAUUUCCAUGCUGCUGUCUGUCUUGCAAACUGAAAUACUCAAAGACUCCAUCCAUGACCGAGAUUCAACCCCCUCUUACAGGAAGGCUCUUGGUGAGUGGAAGUCAUUCAUUGAGUGAGUCCCUCAGAUGACAGACUCCAUCUGCCUUAUCAGACUCAGUGUUAGUCAGUGAGGUUGUUUUUUUUGUUUUUGUUUUUUUUUUCUCUAGAAAAGUUGUUCAAAUGUAAAACACAUGUUUGUUUGUGUGGUCGUUAAACUUGUUCUUCUAAAAUGUUAUGUAAUAUAGGAUUUGAAAUAGUGAUUGUUUUAAGCUUCAGCAAAAUUUAUUUUUGAUACCAGCCAUGUUAUACUGUUAUUAUUCAUGUUAAGAGUAUCUGGAAUAUGCACUUCUUAUAUUGGCCAUGUUACACAGUACCCUGCUGAAAUGUAGGUCAUUUUAGACAUGAUUCUCCUGGAACAGACCUCAGUGAGUU